UCGAUUCACCUUCAGGCCUUUUCCUGGUCUAAGCCAACCCCCUUUCGGCAUAUAAAAGCAGCACGUCGGACUCAGAGAGUGUCAGACGAUAGCUGAAUCUUACCGACAACACCAAAAAACUAGAAAACUUUCACAUUUCACAAUGUACAAGGUAACAUUUAUUCUCGCUCUUAUUGUGGCUGUUGCCGUGGCUAUGCCUCAGCGACCUUUCCGUCCCCGUCCUGGUGGUUUCCAGCAGCCAGGUUUCGGCGGUUUCGGCGGAUUCAAUAACUUCGGAGGUAGUGGAACCGGUGCUGGAGCUGGAACGGGUAGUGCUGGCCCUCAGGGAGUGUCUGCAUCAGGCGUUGCCAUUUCUAGCGCUCAGAACGGCGGAUUCGGUACAGCUUCCGGAAGCGGAACAGGAUUCCUCGGUCCCUUCGGUCAAGCAGGAGCCACCGGACAGGGUACCGGAAGCAGCUUUGGAAAAUAAACUGACUAUGGCUAAUUUGUUUUGCUUUUUCUUUAAAAGACAUGUGCAUUUUAAUGGAACUAUGUUUCACAUUAUUGACUUGUAUAAAAUACAAUUUUUUGUAACACAA